GGGGAGAGAUCCAAGGCGUGGAUCCGGCAUGAAGAACUUGAGAUCGAGGGCAGGCGUUGCCAAGAGGAGCUGGUGCCCGUUAAUUAUUAAUUGCCGACUGCCUUGGCACGGGGCCCUCCUGUUGUGUCCGGCCUGUCAAACGCAUCCGCAGAUGAAACCUGACGUUUGCCAGCUUGUCGAGUUAUUAGGGGUGUUGUGGUAUCCCGUAGAGACCUCAGCUGCGAUCGGGGCGGGGGGCAUCCUGCCGGGUGAGAGCCAGUCCCGUGCUCCAAAGAGCUCACAGCCUAAAUAGACCAAAGAGGGGAGGGGAAAAAGAGGCACAGAGCCCCAGUGCUUUGCCCAAGGUCGCCCAGAGGCUGAGCUGGGAAACAGAACCACGGCCCUCAUCUGCCCCCUGUGCUCCGGCAGAGCUGGGUCACCAGCAAGCCCUGAUUCUCCCCCCAACCCGCGCCCCGUUCCCGAGCAUGCUGACACGGCCGCGCCGGAGCCUUGGAGUGUAGACGCCACGUCCAGCGGCAGCAGCGCGUUUCUGGCAACAUGAGAACAUCCCCUGCCCGGGCGACGGGAGCGUCCGACCUAGCUGCGUCUACACCAGGGACAGACAGACAGGGAUGUCCUGCAGGAACGUGUUGCUGACUGGCUGCUCCUCCGGGAUCGGGCUGGCUCUGGCCGUCCGGCUGGCUAAAGAUGAGCUGAAGAGAUUCCGAGUCAUCGCCACCAUGAGGAACCUGGACAAGCGGGAGGCCUUGGAGAAGCAGGCGGGGCCGGCGCUGGACAAGACCCUGGAAAUCCGCCAGAUGGACGUGACCAGCGAGGAAUCCAUCCGGCGCUGCGUGGAGGGCAUUCCCCAGCGGAGAGUGGACGUGCUGGUGAACAACGCGGGGCUGGGCAUGAUCGGGCCGGUGGAGAGCCAGAGCAUCGCUGCCAUGAAGAGUCUCUUUGACACCAACUUCUUCGGGCUGGUGCGGCUGGUGCGCGAAGUUUUCCCCGACAUGAAGCGCCGGCGCCGGGGCCACGUCGUGGUGAUGAGCAGCGUGCUGGGGCUGCAAGGCCUCAUCUUCAACGACAUCUACUCCGCCUCCAAGUUCGCUGUGGAGGGUUUCUGUGAGAGCUUGGCCCUGCAGGCGCUGAAGUUUGGCGUGAACAUCAGCCUGAUCGAACCUGGGCCGGUGGUGACCGAGUUCGAAAGGAAACUCUACGAAGAAGCCGCCAGCAUGGACCUGUCUGCCGUUGACCAGGAGACACUGGAUAUAUUCCAAGGCUUCUACAUGGCCUAUUCCAAGGAAGUCUUCACGGUGCUGGGGCAGUCGCCGGACGAGGUGGCUGAGCACACGGUCAAGGUGAUCAUGGCAGAGAAGCCGCCUUUUCGCUACCAGACCAACAGCCUCUACACGCCCAUGACCACCCUGAAACACGCCGACCCCACCGGGAACCUGCCUCUGAACGCCUUCCACCAGAUGAUCUUCCAGCACGACCGGCUCUUCAAAGCCAGCCUCAGCCUUCUCAAGAUGCUGCAGUGGAGGAAGAGGAGGGACGUGUCCUAUAACAAGUCUCCUUGAGACGAAGGCACCAAUCCCCUUCCUCCUCCUCCUCCUCCCUGGACAACACAGGCAGCUCCAGCUAUAGAUCUCCCCCCACCCUCCCCGCCCCACUCCCAUGCUCUGUAGCACGACCCUAGCUUCCAGUGUGGACAGCCACUGUAAAAGCACAAAACCUUGGACCGAGGGGAGGUGCUAGCACAGUGGGUGAUGUGGGGAGCGGGGAGGAGGCAUUGUGUUUAGGAGCAUGGAUCUACUAGGGGACUAGCAACACCUCCUCUUUGCCCUCUUUUUAACCAGCUGAUUCUUUUGUAUCAUAUAUUUUUUUUAAGUACAUUUGGGGUUUUAAAAGGAUUUAAAAAAAAAAAACUUUCAAAAAGUAGAGGAUUGAGGCCCUGCUGUAGUGUAGGCCCCAGGAGCCCUGACUCACUCCCCUCCCAGGGCUGGGGAUAGGAGCCGGAGCCCCGACCUCUCCCAGGGCUGGAGAUAGGACCCGGAGCCCCGACCUCUUCCAGGGCUGGGGAUUGAACCCAAGAGUCCCCGGAGCCCCGUCUCCUCCCAGAGCUGGGGAUUGAACCCAAGAGUCUGGAUGCCUGGCCCAAUGCUCUAACCACUAAGCACCACUCCCCUCCCACAGCUGGGGCUAGAUCCCUGGAGGUAUUGAGUUGUCUCCCCACCCAAGACCCACUUGUGGGAGUGGGCCCAGCUGUGCUUCCACCAGGGGGUGUGACAGACAUCCUGCAUGAGGCGGCAGCCCAGCAGGGCUUGUGCCCUGGCAAAGGGAGCGACGGGGCAUCAGACUGUCCCCCUGCCACUACCGGGGAGGCCUGUAGGAAGAUGGUGGGGUGGCUGGUUCAGGGAGGGGAUGACUACCGUACUUGCUGGAGUUAGGGGCAGCGUGUUUGCCAGCAGGCUACUAAUGUAGCCAGACUUGGAAGACACUCAACUAGGGUUUGAUGCGGCCCAUGGCCCCAGGUUCAAGUGGGUUUAGUGGCGGGGCUGGGGGCAGUGAAGCAGUUUAGCUGGCACGUCCCAGGGGGCCGCAACAGCUCCCAAGAGGGGGUGAGUAUUUAGUCUGCAGCAUUUGCCUCAGGGUGCUGCACCCUCUUAAGGCCAGGUUCCUGAUCUCCCCCUCUCCUCAAUCUCCCCCUUGGGGGGGCAGCUGGCCCCCUGCCCAGCACCUGCGGUAGCGCUGGGACCAUGUGCCUGUGUUGUAGUGUGUGCAAUGACUCACUCCCCCAGCAGCUGUUCAGGGCCAGGGCCGCCCAUCCGAUCAACCUGUAGGGGUGCAGGAGUCCCUCUCUCAAUAAACAGAAGUGCCCGAG